AUGUCACAUAAUAGCGCAACGGGUCAACAUCCUCAGAGCGAGGAGUUUACACCUCGUAUUAUAUCUACAUAUCUCGAAGGCGAUGAAACCGACUUCCACACCCAGAAUGACCCUGAUCAACCUUUCGAGCGCGAAAAUAUCAUUGAAAGAAGGCACAAAGUCGACGUUCGCUGCCAGCACAAGGACAUCGUUCACGGAUUCUAUUCGGACGAUGACGACUUCGCAGAUCCAUGCAGUCUUCUUGUGUUUGAAUUCGAAUUCAGCCCUAAUGCCACCACACGACGAAUAAAAUCGGCUACUGUGACCAUCACUUUCUCGGCAAAAGAAAAGGGAAACCCCGACCCAGUGGUCAAAGCCAUUUUUCCAAGAGGGACAUUUUGCGUGGAACCAACACCACAAACAGAAACCCUGACUCGAUCAGCAGGAAUGAAUCUGGGCGGUGGUAUCAUGGGCGCCCAGGUUAGUGGAGAGCUGAAAGCUGAAACCACUGUCCAGCGGGAAACCUAUUCCGCUGCGAAAAUCAAGGGCUCCAUUAAUCUGCAGGGCCGUAGUUGGGGAGACAAGAACAGCGUAUCAUGGAUGCUGUGGGAGGACCCUGUGGCCAAAGCAGGGGUCGUCACUCGCAUGCAAGCGCCUGUCUUGCUCAAGCGGCAGGAUAUGUCUCACUUCAAAGCAGUCAUCACCAUCGAGAUCAAAGCCGACACUUUGACCCAACUUGGUUCGGUCUUCAAGACGAACCCAAAAGAUGACCCUGUCUAUUACAACCCUGAUAGGAAGGUGCCUAUGAAAGAUCACCUGCUGGAGUAUGAUAUUGAUAAUCUAGGACGGCAGGAUUUGCAGCCGCUGUCUGAUGUCACGUUGAUUACGGUGCUCAAGGGUGCGGUAAAGGAAAUGUGA